UCAACCUCGAAACUACAACGUCGUCCUCAUUUUCCAAUCUCUUACUUCUUUCUACAAGCUUACCGAUUGACGUGUCCGACGGAUGCGCAUCAAACUGUGCGCAUUACGAAAGCAACAAUCUCGACACGCGAGUUUUAAGCUCCGGCGAAUCAACCAUUAAAUAUUUAUACGAAACUCACUACUUCCGAGUCGUCGAACGGCAUCGCCGUAACCCUAGCCGAACCCCUCAUCGAACAUCAACAAUCCCACCACCAUCUUGAACCAUGUCUCAGCCAACAAACUCCGGCAUCAUAACUGACAAAAACGGCGAGCGUGUCAUCCCAGAGUCUAAGAGAGCCGACGGGAGUACCAGAAAAGCUAUCAAAGUCCGCCCCGGCUACCGCCCGCCUGAGGAUGUCGAGGUGUACAAGAACCGCACCGCCGAGGGCUUUCGCCAGCGCGGCAAAGGCCCAGUGCCGGGCGCAGAGGGAUUGAAGGAGGACAGGUCGGACCAGCAGCUCAGUGCGGCGACUAACAAAAACGCCAAACGUCGGGAAGCGCGCAAAAAAGCCAAGGCUGCUGGCGAAACAGAAGGCGUGGAUCAGAACACAGCUGUUGCAGCGGUGCCUGCACUCAAGCCAGAAGAGCUCGACCCGGAAGCCGAGAAGGAGAAGAAGGCCCGGAAUUUAAAGAAGAAGCUUCGCCAGGCCAAGGAGCUGAAGGACAAGAAGGAUGGUGGAGAGUCGUUGUUGCCUGAACAGAUCGCCAAGGUUAUCAAGAUCAACGAACUCAUCCGGGAAUUGGAUGCCCUUGGUUUCGACUCUGAAGGGGAGCCAAAGACCGCAAAGGCUUCGUCUGAACCAAAAGAGGACUCCACCUGAAGCAGGAAAGUGACGAUCGAGGAUAAAGAUCAUUAGCAUUCAGGUCCUGGCCGGCAAUUGCCAUGGCCAAGUUACAGGGACACUGCUCCGCCGGUUCAGUUGAUACGCCACACUCGAUUCACGACGAUCUCUGAACAAUCCUUCAGCAUGAGCCUAAACCGGGAAGCCUCUCGACACUUUUUGCCACUGCAUGCCGACCUUUGAGCCUUCUGCCGCUCCGCGCGCCCGCGUCGAGGGCCUGGGGGGUAUGGGAUAGCUGUAUGAAUAUGUCAUG